CAUCAGCUUCCGUGCAGGCGAACGAGUCGGAGGUGCGUUCCCGUGUUCUCAGCGACUGCUGCCAGUAGGGUGGAGAUCUGAGGGGCAGACUUGUGGCAGAAAGGCAUCACGUGUCUCUAAUUCCCGCUCGCCCGGCAGAUCCGAUGGACGACACCAUCAACAAUAACAGCACCGCAAUCAUCAACUUCACAUCACCAUCUUCGUCAUCACCGUCAUCAUCAUCGUCAUCAUCGUUAUUACCAUUCUUUGCAUACCCUGGUGUACCGCUGUACCUCGACUCUCCGCUCCGUAGCCCCGAGUCUCUCCGCCCGCUCGCCUUCACCGUCAUUCUCGUUCUUUACUGCCUCAUCGUGACGGGCAACACGCUCCUCUGCUUCCUCAUCGUCCGCGACCCUCGUCUCCACAGGCCCAUGUACAUCCUGCUCGCAAAUCUGUCCCUCAACGCCCUCGUGGGCAGCUCGGCGACUCUCCCGCGCGCCAUGCGCGACCUGGUCGCGCCCAACGCCAUCACGGCGGGCGAGUGCCUGGCCCAGGUCUACUUCAUCCACGUCUACAUGAGCCUCGAGUACUACAUCCUCGCCUCCAUGUCCCUCGACCGCUACCUCGCCGUGUGCCUCCCUCUGCGUUACGGCGCCCUCUUCGGCAACGAGCGAGCCCUGCGCGCGUGCGCGGCCGUCCACGCGGCGGCGGCCGCGUGCGUCUCCGCCAUCUUGUGCCUCGUGCUUCGCCUAGACCUGUGCAGAGGCCGCGUCGUCGACGAAUUCUCCUGCAGCCACAUGUCCCUGGCGAAGUUGGCGUGCAACGACACGUCCGUCAACAACGUCGCGGGCAUCGCCGUCACCGCCCUCACCAUGGGCGUCGGCCUGGCCGCCAUCGCCGCCUCGUACGCCCGCAUCCUCUUCGAGUGCUGCUCGUCGCGCGGGCGGCGGGGUCGCGGACGCAAGGCGGCGGGCACGUGCGUCGCGCACUUGGGCAGCCUGGGCGUCUUCGCGCUCUGCAGCCUCGCCAUCGUCGCCAUGCCCCGGGUCGAGCGCUACGUGCGGGUCUCGCCGCUGGCGCGCUGCGUCGUCAACAUGGCCGUGUACGUGCUGCCCCCGCUGCUCAACCCCGUCAUCUACGGCCUGCGCACCGCCGAGAUCAGGGCGUGGCUCGCCGCCAAGGUGUGCCGCCGGGGCAAGGUCACGGCGGCCGCGUGA